CCCGCCCCUUCCGUAACACGCCCUCUCCGUGUCCCGCCCCCUGCCCUCUGGACACUUCGCCUCAGUCUCAGUGCAACCAGCGCGGUGAGCGCUGCUGUGCGCCAUCAUGGAGCAGGGCAUCGCGGGCCGCCGGGCGCUCGUCACUGGGGCAGGCAAAGGCAUCGGACGCCGCACGGUCCAGGCUCUGCACGAGGCGGGGGCGCGGGUGGUGGCCGUCAGCCGGUCCCGAGCCGACCUGGACAGCCUGGCCCGCGAGUGCCCAGGGAUAGAGCCCGUGUGCGUGGACCUGGGUGACUGGGAGGCCACAGAGCAGGCGCUGGCCAGCAUGGGCCCCGUGGACCUGCUGGUGAACAACGCGGCCGUGGCGCUGCUGCAGCCCUUCCUAGAGAUCACCAAGGAGGCGUGUGACAAGUCCUUUGCCGUGAACCUUCGAGCUGUGAUCCAGGUGUCUCAGAUGGUGGCCCGGGGCUUGAAAGCUCGGGGCACCCCAGGGUCCAUAGUAAAUGUCUCCAGCCAGGCAUCUCAGCGUGCACUGACUAACCACAGUGUCUACUGCUCCUCCAAGGGCGCCCUAGACAUGCUGACCAAGGUGAUGGCUUUGGAGCUGGGGCCACACAAGAUUCGAGUGAAUGCAGUGAACCCCACAGUGGUCAUGACACCCAUGGGCCAGGCCAACUGGAGCGACCCUCAGAAGGCCAAGGCCAUGCUGGACCGUAUCCCACUUGGCAGGUUUGCUGAGAUGGACAAUGUGGUGGAUGCCAUCCUCUUCCUGCUGAGUGACCGGAGCAGCAUGACCACGGGCUGCACUCUGCCAGUGGAUGGGGGUUUCCUGGCCACCUGAGUUCCUACCUCCCCCACUCAGCCAAGCCCAGUACUAAGCCCCUCCACCCCAUCCCCAAUCCCUCAAUAAAUGGCUUUUCUGUUUGA